CAUCAACCCCCUGCCCCAGGAGUGGCUCCGGACAUCACCCUCCUCCCCCAGGACCAGGUCCGGACCUCAUCUCUCCCCCACCCGCCUUUUCCCCCUCCCCCAGGCCCUGCCGGCUCCAGGCGUCCCGGGAUCCCAGCCAUGACGGGCCGGAGCCCCCCGGCGGCCCCCUGGGAGGAGGGGGAGAUCCGCAUCAACGUGGGUGGGCUGAAGCAGAAGUUGCGCCCUGGCACCGUGCUGCGCUUCCCGGAGACCCGCCUGGGCCGCCUGGUCCGCUGCGGCUCCCGGGCCGCCAUCCUGGAGCUGUGCGACGACUACGACGACUCCCAGGGCGAGUACUACUUCGACCGUGACCCCCGACUCUUCCCCUCCGUGAUGCACUUCUACCGCACGGGCAAGCUGCACGUCACCGGCCAGUUGUGCGUCUUCUCCUUCAGCCAGGAGAUCGAGUACUGGGGCAUCGACGAGUUGUCCAUCGACGCCUGCUGCAGCCCCGGCUACCACGGUAAGAAACUGGAACCCACAGCCGGGCCGGACAGGUGGGAGGACCAAAGCGAGAGGGACAGCGCGGCCUCCUCCUUCGACGAGCUCCUGGCCUUCUACCGCGACGCCUCCCGCUUCGACGGCCGACCUCUGGGCGACCUGCGGCGACGGCUCUGGUUGGCCUUGGACAACCCCAGCCACUCCGUCCCAAGCCGGGCCUUCGGUGUGCUGUCCGUCCUGGUGCUACUCGGCUCCAUCGUCACCAUGUGCCUCAACAGCCUGCCGGAUUUCCGGACGGCCGAAGGGCGCGGCCGGGCCGGCGAGGACCCGCGCUUCGAGGCGGUGGAGCGCUUCGGCAUCGCCUGGUUCACCUUCGAGCUGCUGGCCCGCUUCGCCGUGGCCCCCGACUUCUCUCGCUUCUUCAGGAACGCCCUGAACCUCAUCGACCUCCUGUCCAUCGUCCCCUUCUACGUCACCUUGGCGGUGAACCUGGUGGCCGAGAGCAGCCCGGCCCUGGCCAACCUGGGCCGCGUGGCCCAGGUCCUGAGGCUGAUGAGGAUCUUCCGCAUCCUGAAGCUCGCCCGCCACUCGACGGGCCUCCGCUCCCUCGGGGCCACCCUGAAGUACAGCUACCGGGAGGUGGGCCUCCUCCUGCUCUACCUCUCCGUGGGCAUCUCCAUCUUCUCCGUGGUGGCCUACACCGUCGAGAGGGAGGACGACGCGGGGCUGGCCACCAUCCCGGCCUGCUGGUGGUGGGCCACCGUGAGCAUGACCACCGUCGGCUACGGCGACGUCGUCCCGGGGACCGCCGCCGGGAAGCUGACCGCGUCCGCUUGCAUCCUGGCCGGCAUCCUCGUCGUCGUGCUUCCCAUCACGCUCAUCUUCAACAAGUUCUCCCACUUCUACCGGCGCCAGAAGCAGCUGGAGAGCGCCAUGCGGAGCUGCCACUUCGGGGACGGGACCGGAGGGGUCCCCUCCGUGAACCUGCGGGACUAUUACGCCUGCAAAGUCAAAUCCCUCAUGGCGAGCCUGACCAACGUGAGCGGGAGCUCCCCCAGCGAUCUCAGUCUCAGCGACUCCCUGGAUUAGCUGGACGCCACGUGGCCGCCGCCGCCGUCGAGGACGCCCGCUUCUCUCCUCCGGCCUUGAGGAAUUCCUUCUUUGUCGCA